GUUUCCUGUCCACCAUCUUUGUCCCUGGCAAAGUGGCUUUUGCGCAGUGGCUUAGACCUGGAGGAGUCGUGACGUGCAGGAAACCAUUACAACACCACUCGGGCCGUGCUCCCUGGCUGCUGCCGCCACCGCCCGGUCCUUGCCUCCGGUACACAUUAAAGAUCCAAAACCAUGACUGACUCCAAGUACUUCACAACCAAUAAAAAAGGAGAAAUCUUUGAAUUAAAGGCUGAACUCAACAAUGAAAAGAAAGAAAAGAGGAAGGAGGCUGUGAAGAAAGUGAUUGCUGCUAUGACUGUGGGGAAGGAUGUUAGCUCUCUUUUUCCAGAUGUAGUGAACUGUAUGCAGACUGACAACCUGGAACUAAAGAAGCUCGUCUAUCUCUACUUGAUGAACUAUGCCAAGAGUCAGCCAGACAUGGCCAUCAUGGCUGUCAACAGCUUUGUGAAGGACUGUGAAGAUCCCAAUCCUCUGAUUCGGGCCUUGGCAGUCAGAACCAUGGGGUGCAUCCGGGUGGACAAGAUUACGGAAUAUCUCUGUGAGCCCCUCCGCAAGUGCUUGAAGGAUGAGGAUCCCUAUGUUCGGAAAACAGCAGCAGUCUGUGUGGCAAAACUCCAUGACAUCAACGCCCAAAUGGUGGAAGAUCAGGGAUUUCUGGAUUCUCUGCGGGAUCUCAUAGCAGAUUCAAAUCCAAUGGUGGUGGCUAAUGCUGUAGCAGCAUUAUCUGAAAUUAGUGAAUCUCACCCAAACAGCAACUUACUCGAUCUGAACCCACAGAACAUUAAUAAGUUGCUGACAGCUCUGAAUGAGUGCACCGAAUGGGGCCAGAUUUUCAUAUUGGACUGCCUGUCUAAUUACAACCCUAAAGAUGACCGGGAAGCUCAAAGCAUCUGUGAACGGGUAACUCCCCGGCUAUCUCAUGCCAACUCAGCAGUGGUGCUUUCAGCGGUAAAAGUCCUAAUGAAAUUUCUAGAGUUGUUGCCCAAGGACUCUGACUACUACAAUAUGCUGCUAAAGAAGUUGGCCCCUCCACUUGUGACUUUGCUGUCUGGGGAACCAGAGGUGCAGUACGUUGCCCUGAGGAACAUCAACCUAAUUGUCCAGAAAAGGCCUGAAAUCUUGAAACAGGAAAUCAAAGUCUUCUUUGUGAAAUACAAUGAUCCCAUCUAUGUUAAACUAGAGAAGUUGGACAUCAUGAUUCGUUUGGCAUCCCAAGCCAACAUUGCUCAGGUUCUGGCAGAACUGAAGGAAUAUGCCACAGAGGUGGAUGUUGACUUUGUUCGCAAAGCUGUGCGGGCCAUUGGUCGGUGUGCCAUCAAGGUGGAGCAAUCUGCAGAGCGCUGUGUAAGCACAUUACUUGAUCUCAUCCAGACCAAAGUAAAUUAUGUGGUCCAAGAGGCGAUUGUUGUCAUCAGGGACAUCUUCCGCAAAUACCCCAACAAGUAUGAAAGUAUCAUUGCUACUCUCUGUGAGAACUUAGACUCACUGGAUGAGCCAGACGCUCGAGCAGCUAUGAUUUGGAUUGUGGGAGAAUAUGCUGAAAGAAUUGACAAUGCAGAUGAAUUACUAGAGAGCUUCCUGGAAGGUUUUCAUGAUGAAAGCACCCAGGUGCAGCUCACUCUGCUUACUGCCAUAGUGAAGUUGUUUCUCAAGAAACCAUCAGAAACGCAGGAGCUGGUACAGCAGGUCUUGAGUUUGGCAACACAGGAUUCUGAUAAUCCUGACCUUCGAGACCGGGGCUAUAUUUAUUGGCGUCUUCUCUCAACGGACCCUGUCACAGCCAAAGAGGUAGUCUUGUCUGAGAAGCCACUGAUCUCUGAGGAGACAGAUCUUAUUGAGCCAACUUUGCUGGAUGAGCUAAUCUGCCACAUUGGUUCUUUGGCUUCUGUGUACCAUAAGCCUCCCAAUGCUUUUGUGGAAGGAAGUCAUGGAAUCCAUCGCAAACACUUGCCAAUACAUCAUGGGAGCACUGAUGCGGGUGACAGCCCUGUUGGCACCACCACUACCACCAACCUGGAACAACCUCAGGUUAUUCCCUCUCAAGGUGACCUUCUAGGGGACCUUUUAAACCUAGACCUCGGUCCCCCAGUCAAUGUGCCACAGGUAUCCUCCAUGCAGAUGGGAGCAGUGGAUCUCUUAGGAGGAGGACUAGAUAGUUUGCUUGGCAGUGACCUUGGCGGGGGCAUUGGAGGAAGUCCGGCAGUGGGACAGUCCUUCAUCCCAUCAUCAGUGCCUGCAACUUUUGCUCCUUCACCUACUCCUGCUGUGGUCAGCAGUGGUCUGAAUGACCUAUUUGAACUCUCCACGGGGAUAGGCAUGGCACCUGGUGGUUAUGUGGCUCCUAAGGCUGUCUGGCUGCCUGCAGUAAAGGCUAAAGGCUUGGAGAUUUCCGGAACAUUUACGCACCGGCAGGGGCACAUCUAUAUGGAAAUGAACUUCACCAACAAAGCUCUGCAGCACAUGACAGACUUUGCAAUCCAGUUUAACAAGAAUAGUUUUGGUGUCAUCCCCAGCACUCCUCUGGCCAUCCAUACACCACUGAUGCCAAACCAGAGCAUUGAUGUCUCUCUGCCUCUCAACACCUUGGGCCCGGUCAUGAAGAUGGAACCUCUGAAUAACCUGCAGGUGGCUGUGAAAAACAAUAUUGAUGUCUUCUACUUCAGCUGCCUCAUCCCACUCAAUGUGCUUUUUGUAGAAGAUGGCAAAAUGGAGCGCCAGGUCUUCCUUGCAACAUGGAAGGAUAUUCCCAAUGAAAACGAACUUCAGUUUCAGAUUAAGGAAUGUCAUUUAAAUGCUGACACUGUUUCCAGCAAGUUGCAAAACAACAAUGUUUAUACUAUUGCCAAGAGGAAUGUGGAAGGGCAGGACAUGCUGUACCAGUCUCUGAAGCUCACUAAUGGCAUUUGGAUUUUGGCUGAGCUACGUAUCCAGCCAGGAAACCCCAAUUAUACGCUGUCGCUGAAGUGUAGAGCUCCUGAAGUCUCUCAGUACAUCUAUCAGGUCUACGACAGCAUUUUGAAAAACUAAUAGACUGGUCUGGUGCCCUCCGGCCACCCUGUGAUCGGUGCAAGCCAAGAACUCUUAACUGGAAGAAGUUGUAUUGCUGUGUAGAAUCCGAACCCAAACACACUGAGGCCACCCACCAAGGUAGUGACUAGUCUAACCUGUGCUGACAUUAGGGCACAACCUGUUGGAUAGUUUUAGCUUCCUGUGAACAUUUGUAACCACUGCUUCAGUCUCUUCCCACCUCUUGCCACCUGCUGCUAUCUGUCCUUACUUGUGGGCUUCUCCAUCCUGUGCCAAUGGCUGGCAUUGUUGAGUGUAGUUUGAUAUUUUGUAAACAAGAGCUCGUUUCAAAAACAGAAAAAGACAAAAAAUAUUAAAGCAAGGAAAAGUGUCACUGAAACAUAAACUGCACUUUAUUGUUUUAUAUUUUUGUACAUAUGAGAAAUUGGGGGAAUAGUAUAACCAGUAGAAAGUGCUAAAACAACUGGCCAUUGUUAACCGCACAGUCCUGGAGGAAGAGAUGAAGUUACUUGCCCACCCUGUUAGGGGUUCUCUUAUCUGUGGCAACCUUGUCCCUAGUCAUUUGGGUUUUCCCCUUUUUUCUCUCUCCGAACUCCUUUUCCUUGUGAUUCCCCCUGCCCCGGAUUAUCUUCUCAUUUGAUUGCUCUGCAGUUGGGAAUGGUGGUCUUCCUUGAAAGAUGUUUUGGGGGCAGGAAAUAGGGCCUGUCAGCACCAAGGCUGAGAGCAGUGGGAACUUCCUACACUCCUUUCCCUUGAUCUAACCCAUUAAUAAAACUGACUAAGGGAUUUGAGGAGAGAUGGGGAAUAGGAACCAAAAUGCUCUCCCCCGCCCCUUCCCUGGGUUUGAUUUAAUUCUCAGGUCCAAUUCAGAUCUAAAACCAUCGUUUUAGAGUUGAAACAGACUUUAAGUAAUAACUUACCCAACCCUAUUUUUCUAAAAAGGAAAAGGAUAAAAGGCAGAAAGGGUGUUACUGCCUGAGGCCUGUUAGUUGUUUAGUGGUGGAGCUGGGGGACCGGGUCUCCUAAACCCCCGUCAGUGCUGUUUUCACUGCAGGAGUGUCUCGUUAAUUUUCUUUUCCUCAAUACUUUUCUCUUGUCUUUUCUGUGCCUGCUUCUCUGUGGCUCCUCUCACCGUCCAUACUGAUUUGGGCACUCCAUUCAUUGGCAUCAGGUGGGAGCAGAGUAGCUUUUCAGUUACUUGAAGAAAUCCAGAUGCCAGAAUGAAGGAAUGGCUCAUGUUUCCCCAAUUGCUCCUGGAGCUUGAGGCCAGCAGGGUGACUGCAGAGAUGAAGUGAGCUUAGAGAUGGCACAGAGUCCCUUUAUCCCUUCAGCUCUCUGAUCUGCUCUUUACUCAUGUUACUUUGGCUCCAAGGCAAUUGAGAUCAUCCAGAGAGUCAAGCGGUUCUUGUCAUCUCUAAAAGACUGGGGGAUGUGAAAUCCCCUUCCUUUACACAUUGGUGUGAUUUGUCAAAGAACCUUCCUGCCCAAAACACUAACAUAUUAGCACUGUUCUCAAGGUUUCAUCUGUGGGCACUUGUGUUGCCUGGCACCCAGUAUGCAGGGUCCAUGACCAAGACUGCUUCUCACAUGCCCCUGCUCAUAUCAGAGGCACUUUGGGGUCCAAAGGCCUCAUGUUGGACUCAGACCUAAGAGUGAGUCCAAGAGGAGAAUUCAUGGAAAACAAGAGCAGGAACUACCCCCAGCCCUGUCAUGUCCGAAAUGACCCUGAUUCAUACCAUUUGCAAAGCUUGGGGGAGUGAAUUCCCCAAAGCAGUUUCUUAAACCUCGAGAAGCUGCAAGAGAAUUACUGAGGUGGGAGAAAGGAACUCUAUCCUGAGCUCACCACCCCUCAGGCACGUGGAGAAUAGGAAGUAGCACAGGAUUAUGCAUGGGAGGUGGGUAGGUUGGUGGAUGUGGGGUGGGAAAUCAGGUUGAUCAAGUUUCCUUGUUGGGAGAUCAUUCAUGGAGUCAGUUGGAUACAAGCAGUGAAGAAGGUUCACGCUACAAAUACGGGGUUCUCAUCUCAAAGCAAACUGUAGUUCCAGAAGGAAGAGUGUGUGUCAGGGUAAGCAGACAACACAGUUUUGUACCAGGAUAUGUCUCUCUGCCCCUGAAACUAGGCUUCUGUCAGCCUCCCCAGCAGUGAUGGGUAACUGCUGCUGUUCUCAGCUGACCUGACUGAGCCAAUCCGAGAACUCUUCACUCCUCACUCCUCAGGAAGGCUGCCUCCCCGUUGCGCCCCUGAGCAGUUAGGGAGGGAUUCUGCUCCAUGGAAAAGGACCUGUCUCCUGAAGAGACUGCACCUGCUGCCUCCAACACAGCUUCCAUUUUGGCCCAUUUCAAGCUUGGCCAAGUUGGGGAAACGGAGUGGAGAUUGCAGUUCGUUCCCCUCUCCUCUGCAUCAGUAUGUCUUUGUAACCUGAGCUGGUGUCAUACAAAGGGCAAGGGAAGUGCACACACACCCAGAACUCUUUUGCUGGUCAGAGAUUCCCUGAGUGUCUGUCCUCGCCCGAGCCUGUGCCAUGAGUCUGUGUUGUGAAGCUUGGGACUCUGGAGAGGAAUGGGGAUGGGGAGGGGUAAAUGUUGCCCUCAGAAUGCUUAACAUUCUUUUGUUGUUGGGAUCUGUUCUUGGGGAGGGAGGGGGUUGGGGGAAGCUUGACCUUUUGUCUUCGUCAAUAAACUCUCAUUUACACAAAA